GACUGGAGCAAACAGCAAACAGCACACAUCCGUGAGAGCCAUGUUUCAACUUCUCCUGCUAUUGGGGUUUUUCAGCCUUGGUGUCUGUCUUCCUCGUCAGUAUCACUUCAUUAAUGAGAAUAAGACCUGGUCCGAAGCACAGAGAUACUGCAGAGAGAAUUAUGUUGAUUUAGCCUCUAUUAAUAACACUGAAGAGGAACUGGCUGUUACUGAUAUCAUAGACAUCUGGAAUAGCAACCGAACCUGGAUUGGACUGUAUGAUGAUCUGAACAGCUGGAAAUGGUCUCUGGAUAAUGAAUCUUUCUACAAGGGGGGAGAGAGAAGCUUUAGAAACUGGUAUAUACAGAAACCAAGAAACUGGAAUGGAAACGCUUUGUGUGUGUAUGUAUCUUAUUAUAGUGCAGUUUGGUCAGAGACCUCUUGUUCCGGAAUGCAUAAGUUCAUUUGUUUUGAUGGCAGACUGAAUGCCAGUGAAAGAUAUGUCCCGAUUUAUGAGAACAUGAACUGGACUGAAGCUCAGAGAUACUGCAGAGAGCAUUACACAGACCUGACCAGUGUGAGGAACGAGACUGAAAACCAGAAGAUUAGAUCAGUCUUUAAAAAUUCAUAUUAUUCAGUAUUUUGGAUCGGCCUGUACAGAACCAGAUCUUGGUCAGAUAAAAGCAACUCUUCUUUCAGCAACUGGAAACCUGGACAACCAGAUAAUUACAGACAGAAUGAAUCCUGUACUGCUGUGUCAUUCAAGGAUUCUGGGAAAUGGACAGAUGAAAACUGCAGUCAAGCUUUUCCCUUCCUCUGUUACAGGACAAUGCCAUCAUCACCCUCUCGUCAGUAUCACUUUGUGAAUGAGAAUAAGACCUGGACUGAAGCACAGAGAUACUGCAGAGAGAAUUACACUGACCUGGCUACCAUUGAUAACAUGGAGGAAAUGAACAAACUCCUAAACACAGUAAAUGGCAGCUACACAGGUUUAGCCUGGAUUGGACUGUAUGAUGAUGAGAACAGCUGGAGAUGGUCUCUGGAUGAUGAUGCUUUCUACCAGGAGGGAGAGAGAGACUUCAGAGGAUGGGAACAUCAACCUGAUAACUCCAUUGGAAAUGAGAUGUGUGUUUAUAUUAGAUCUGAUGGAACAUGGUCUGAUGGAAACUGUAACAGUAAUUUACCAUUUGUUUGCUAUGAUGGAUGGAAUGGAACGGAAAAUUACACAUUCAUUAUUCAGUUCAUGUCUUGGACGCAGGCUCAGAAUUACUGCCGAGUGUAUCACACAGACCUGGCCAGUGUGAGGAACCAAGCAGAUAAUGUACAAAUCCGUAAUCUCACAAGUGGCUUUAAUGCAUGGAUUGGUCUAUACAGAACCAGACUCUGGUCAGACAAACAGGAAUCUAUGUAUGAAAACUGGAGACCAGCCACUCCGUCUGUACCUGAGCAGCCAGACAAUGGUGCAAAUGUUCAUUGGGAAUUUGGUUUUCAGCACUGCACUGCUGUAUCUCUCACAGAUUCAGGCUACUGGACAGAUGAGAGCUGCUUAACCACAAUCCCUUUUUUCUGCUAUAAAAAAUCCUGCACAGCAUCCUCAUGUUCCCUCUACCAGCAUCACUUUAUUAAUGAGAAUAAGACCUGGACUGAAGCACAGAGAUACUGCCGAGACAAAUACACUGACUUGGCCACCGUUAAUAAUAUGGAAGACGUGAAGAGUCUCCUUAACACAGUAUAUGGCAUCUAUUCUGGUUCAGCCUGGAUUGGACUGUAUGAUGAUCUAAAGAGCUGGACAUGGUCUCUGGAUGAUGCUUCUUUCUACAAGAAUGGAGAAAGAGACUUUAGAAACUGGUAUUUACAUAAACCAAGGAACUGGAAUGGGAAAAGUCUAUGUGUAUAUUUUUCGGGUUACUCUGCAAAUUGGUGGGAGGAGUCUUGUUCUCUUAAAUUUCCAUUUAUUUGUUUUGAUGGUAGAGUGAAUGCCAGUGAAAGCUAUGUUUUGAUUAAACAGUACAUGAACUGGACUGAAGCUCAGAGCUACUGCAGAGAACAUUACACAGAUCUGGCCAGUGUGAGGAACGAGACAGAGAAUCACAAGAUUAGAUUAUUAUCAUAUCAGUACAAUUAUCAUUAUUAUUAUUACUCUAUUUGGAUCGGCCUGUACAGAACCAGGUCUUGGUCAGACCAAAGCAACUCUUCUUUCAGCAACUGGAAACCUGGACAACCAGAUAAUUAUGCACAGAAUGAAUCCUGUACUGCUGUGUCAUUUAUUGAUUCUGGGAAAUGGACAGAUGAAAAUUGUUGUAAAGGUUUUCCAUUCCUCUGUUACAGCACAAUGCCAUCAUUACCCUCUCAUCAGUAUCACUUUGUUAAUGAGAAUAAGACCUGGACUGAAGCACAGAGAUACUGCAGAGAGAAUUACACUGACCUGGCUACCAUUGAUAACAUGGAGGAAAUGAACACACUCAUUAACACAGUAAAUGGCAGCUACUCAGGUUUAGCCUGGAUUGGACUCUAUGAUGAUCUGGACAGCUGGAGAUGGUCUCUGGGUGAUGAUGCUUUCUAUCAAGAGGGAGAGAGAGACUUCAGAGGAUGGGAACAUCAACCUGAUAACUCCAAUGGACAAGAGUUUUGUGUUUCCAUGAACACCAGAGGGGAAUGGUUUGACAGGCCUUGUGAUUACAGAUAUAAAUUUGUUUGUUAUAAUGGUACAAACACAUAUGUGGAGAAUAUUUACAGCAUGACCUGGGAAGAAGCUCAGAGAUACUGCAGAGAAAAUUACUUAGACCUGGCCAGUGUGAGGAAUGAGAACGAACUUCAGCAGAUCAUGCGAUUGAGCAUCCCCUCCGUCUAUGAGGUAUGGAUAGGUCUGCACAGGAACCGAUUAUGGUCAGAUCAGAGCAGCACAACCUUUACAUAUUGGAGACCAGCGUUUCCAGCACAGGGACCAGAACCUGAUAAUGGUGUGAAUUCAUUUGGUGAAUAUCUAAAUCAACACUGCACAGCUGUGGAUCAUUCCGGCCGAUGGACAGAUGAAAACUGUUUAGACCGUUUGCCUUUCAUCUGCUAUAGUGGGUUUCUCAGCCUGGGUGUCUGUCUUCCUCGUCAGUAUCACUUCAUUAACGAGAGUAAGACCUGGGCCGAAGCACAGAGAUACUGCAGAGAGAAUUAUGUUGAUUUAGUCUCUGUUAAUAACAUUGACGAGCAACAAGCGCUUAAUAAAAUUGUAAAAAUAUGGAACAGCAGGCAAACCUGGAUUGGACUGUAUGAUGAUCUAAAGAGCUGGAAAUGGUCUCUGGAUGAUGCUUCUUUCUACAAGAAUGGAGAUAGAAACUUUAGAAACUGGUAUAUAAACAAACCAAGGAACUGGAAUGGGAACAAUUUAUGUGUAUAUAUUUUUAGUUACUCUACAGAAUGGGUGGUGGCCUCUUGUUCUCAUACACUUCCAUUCAUUUGUUUUGAUGGUAGGGUGAAUGCCAGUGAAAGAUAUGUCCUGGUUAACAAGAACAUGAACUGGACUGAAGCUCAGAGAUACUGCAGAGAGCAUUACACAGACUUGACCAGUGUGAGGAACGAGACAGAGAAUCAGCAAAUCGGAGUCCUGUUACCUAAUAAUGUUGUAUUUUAUUAUGGUGCUGUAUGGAUCGGCCUGUACAGAACCAGAUCUUGGUCAGAUAAAAGCAACUCUUCUUUCAGCAACUGGAAACCUGGACAACCAGAUAAUUACAGACAGAAUGAAUCCUGUACUGCUGUGUCAUUCAAUGAUUCUGGGAAAUGGACAGAUGAAAAUUGUGGUCAAGCUUUUCCAUUCCUCUGUUACAGCACGAUGUCAGCAGCAUCCUCUCAUCAGUAUCAUUUUGUUAAUGAGAAUAAGACCUGGACAGAAGCACAGAGAUACUGCAGAGAGAAUUACACUGACCUGGCUACCAUUGAUAACAUGGAGGAAAUGAACACACUCCUUAACACAGUAAAUGGCAGCUACUCAGGUUUAGCCUGGAUUGGACUGUAUGAUGAUGAGGACAGCUGGAGAUGGUCUCUGGAUGAUGAUGCUUUCUACCAGGAAGGAGAGAGAGACUUCAGAGGAUGGGAACAUCAACCUGAUAACUCCAAUGGACAGGAGCUGUGUGUGUCCAUGAACCCUAAAGGGGAAUGGUUUGACAGGCCUUGUAAUUACAGAAUGGCUUUUGUUUGCUAUAACGGUACAACAAAUACAUAUGUGGGGAUUUUUAACCUGGCAAUGACCUGGGAUGAAGCUCAGAAAUACUGCAGAGCAAACCACAGAGAUCUGGCCAGUGUGAGGAAUGAGACUGAACUUCAGCAAUUACUGAACCUCACGCGUUGCUAUGAUGUAUGGAUAGGUCUUCAUAGGAACCGAUUAUGGUCAGAUCAGAGCAACCUGAGCUUUACAUAUUGGUUACAAGUGCCAGAAGCACCCAGAGACAACUCUGAGAUUGAGUAUUCUAUUAAACAACACCAAAAUCAACAUUGCACAUCUGUGGCUGGUUACAGACGUUGGAAGGAUGAAAACUGCUUUGCCAGGCUCCCUUUCAUCUGCUACACUGAAUUCACUCCAGGUGCUGUGAUGGGACUGCAAUUGAAAAUAAAUGCUAUUGGAAAUCCAUCAUAUUCUGAUAUUGAAGGAUGGGUGCUGAUAAAACUUGGACAAGAAUUGAGCAGACUGGGACUUUCAAGGAACAUCACUUUGAAUGUGAGAAACAUCAGUAACCUCAAACUAAAAGAGUUUGAGGGUGAAGGUUCCUGUUACCCUGCUUGUGAAUAAAAUGAUCCCUAACCCCUACUGAAUGAAAGGAAUGAAAUUAAUACUGUUUAUAAAUUCCUAAAAUAAAUUCCAGCAAAUAGAACACUGUACUAUUUUAUGCUUGGUGCGAUUUACAGAAAUUUCUGAUGUGUUAUAUUUUCUGAUUUACAAGAAUCGUAUAUUUUUACUUGCUGUCAAGGGAUGCUAUGUGAUUUAUUUAUUUAUUCUUUUUUGUAGUGAUGGUUGUGUUGAUUACAACCUACUAUGAAUAUACUGAUUGUGUGAAUGGUUUUUGAAUGCAGCUUAUGUAUUGUGUGAAGCAAUGUUAUUAAUAAAUGUAAAAUAGGGAAUUAUUCUGUUUAAACAAUCAUGCGAUCAUUUUGUGAACGGUUAUUGUAUUAUGAAAUCAAACAUUUGUUUAUUACUAUACUAUAAUACACCUUUAAGGCUUCCUAGGCUACAUAGCAAUUUCGAUCCAUCAGAAAAAAAAUAAUUGAAUACAAACAGUGUCAUAGGCGGCACGGUGGCUUAGUGGUUAGCACGUUUGCCUCACACCUGUGUGUGGAGUUUGCAUGUUCUCCCCGGGCUUGAUGGGUUUCCUCCGGGUGCUCCGGUUCCCUCCCACAGUCCAAAGACAUGCUACUAGGCUGAUUGGAAUCUCUAAAUUGCCCGUAGUGCGUGAUUGCAUGAGUGAAUGAGUGUUUGUGUGUGCCCUGUGAUGGGUUGGCACUCUGUCUAGGGUGUAUCCUGCCUUGAUGCCCGAUGAUGCCUGAGAUACGCUCCCGAGGAUAGAUCGGAUAAGUGGUACAGACAAACAGUGUCAGUCACAGGGCACCAUGCACACACUCGAUCACACAAGGUGGAAGGAAACUGAAAAACUCAGGGGUUAGGGGUAAACUUUAGGGGUAUACAAAACUCCACAAUAGGCUCAAACCUGUGACCCUGGAGCUGUGAGACAGACUACCGUGCUAGUGCAAAAACCAUGUUACCCUUCAAGGCUUUUAUUUUAUAAAUAAACUUAUAUUUAUUUUUUGGUUUAUUUGAAAUGUAUGAGGGGCAGCAUGGUGGCUUAGUGGUUAGCACUGUUGCCUCACAUCAAGAAUCCCAUGUUCAAACAGGCAGGGGCCUUUCUGUGUGGAGUUUGCAUGUUCUCCCCCGUGCCUGUAUGGGUGGGUUUACUCCGGGUACUCCGGUUUCCUCCUACAGUCCAAAAACAUGUACAUUAGGUUGAUUAGGUAAUUCUAAAUUGCCCAUAGGAGUGAGUGUGAGUGUGUGUGUGUGUGUAGUUGUUUGUCUAUAUGUGUGGCUCUGAGAUGGACUGGUGACCUGUCCAGGGUGUACCCCUGCCUUUCACCCGAUGUGUGCUGGGAUAGGCUCCAGCAGAUCCCUGUGACCCUAAUUAGGAAUAAAGCGGGUAUAGAAAAUGGAUGGAUGGAUGGAUGAUUCUAUGCAUGACGAAAUUAUGCACUUGUUUUCUUGCCACUGAAAUGGCACGAGAGGCCAAGAGUCUUUUUUAUUGUUAUUUUUUAUACACUUGUUCCUUUUUGAUUGUGUUUAGGUAAAUGAUACGAUCAAUUACAGCGCAAAAUGAAGUAGAUUGUUUAACAUGGAACAUGCAUUUGAAAAGCUUUCGGGUUUUUUUUAUCGUCAGCACGCGCAAGGGGUUUAUUUCUUUAUUGUAUAUCAACAUAUAUAACAACAAGAGAAUUACAGUGUAACAUAAUGCCAUCAAUACAUAAGAUUACAAUUAAAAUAAAUUUUAGCCAGUGGAAUAAAGAGAACACAAAAAAAACCUCAGAAAACAAAAAGAAGUAGAAGAAGAAGAAGAAGAAGAAGAAGAAGAAGAAGAAAGAGACUGGUAGAGUUUACUUGUCUAUUUCAAAUUUUUGCAGAUAAUAUCAAAAGUCCUGAUAGCUUUUUUUGCUUUACAUUCAUAUACCAAAUUGCAGUAUUGUUUAAAUUCAUCGAUAAAAUGAAAGAAAUUUGGCUUACCCCCUGACCACUUCAUUUUGUGCAACUAAUAAUUAAAUAAUACAUGCUUUAUCCUUUUCUAUCCCAUAGUCAUUAACAUAUAUCAUUAUAUCAGACCCACCCAAUUUAACAACUGUAUUAAGUUUUCUUGUAAUGAAAUUCUCGACAUCCGCCCAAAAUAUCUU